CACCACCACCACCUCCACUAGACGCCCAUUCCGUCACACAACAACCCUAUCUAUUUCCUCUACCGAAUUACACUAAUGGCCAACCCAACUCUCGUUUGAUAUUGACUCCAAUUUUCCCCCACUCUUUUAUAAAAUAAGUCAAGUUUUUUUUCUUUUUAUAAUUGUAAUCUGAAAUUUGCAGAUUAUUAUUGUUCAAUGGCUUCUUCAGUGACUCCUCUAGGUCCAUGGGUUCUUCACCAUCACCACCCUUCAACUAUCAUUACCCAAUCCAAAACACCCAGAUCCAGAUCUCAUUCCCUCGUCACCCUUAAACCCAUCUCCCUCACCCCAAAACGCACCGUUUCGUACACCGUUUCCUCUUCCCUCGUCACCAAAGAAGACAGCAACCUCAAAUCCACCACCUCCUCCUUCGAUUUCAUGUCUUACAUCCUCCGCAAAGCCGAGUCCGUCAACAGAGCCCUCGACUCCGCCGUGCCUCUCCGCGAGCCGCUCAAGAUCCACGAGGCGAUGCGCUACUCCCUCCUCGCCGGAGGCAAACGCGUCAGGCCCGUCCUCUGCAUCGCCGCGUGCGAGCUCGUCGGCGGGGAAGAGUCUCUAGCCAUGCCGGCGGCUUGCGCCGUGGAGAUGAUCCACACCAUGUCGCUGAUCCACGACGACUUGCCUUGUAUGGACGACGACGAUCUCCGCCGCGGAAAGCCGACGAACCACAAAGUGUUCGGCGAGGACGUGGCGGUCUUGGCCGGAGACGCGCUUCUCUCGUUCGCCUUCGAGCAUUUAGCAACUGCCACGUGCUCGGAGGUUUCUCCGGCGAGAGUGGUCAGAGCUGUGGGGGAGUUGGCGAAAGCCAUCGGCACGGAAGGGCUCGUGGCUGGACAGGUGGUGGAUAUAAGCAGCGAAGGUUUGGACCUAAACGACGUCGGAUUGGAUCAUCUGGAGUAUAUACAUUUGCAUAAAACGGCGGCGUUGCUUGAAGCUUCCGCGGUUUUGGGUGGGAUCGUUGGUGGAGGGAGCGACGAAGAGAUCGAGAGGCUGAGGAAGUUCGCGAGGUGUAUCGGUUUGUUGUUUCAGGUGGUUGAUGAUAUCUUGGACGUCACGAAAUCGUCUCAAGAGCUUGGGAAAACCGCUGGGAAAGAUUUGAUUGCUGAUAAGUUGACGUAUCCGAAACUCAUGGGUUUGGAGAAAUCGAGAGAGUUCGCUGAGAAGUUGAAUAGAGAGGCACGUGAUCAGCUUUUAGGGUUUGAUUCCGACAAGGUUGCUCCUUUGCUGGCUUUGGCUAACUACAUUGCCAAUAGACAGAACUGAGUUGUGUGUUCUUUUUUCUUUAGUUCUUGUCGGAAUUAUUCUCUAUCUGGGCUUGUUUCGGAUCGAAUUGUAGAAAUAUUGGAGAGAUGCUAAAACAGAUCUCUUGCGUGUUAGUAUGAUUGCUAUGUUAUAGAUUUAAUAUUUAAGAGA